AUGAAGCAGCUCGGCGAAAUACAUGAAUUCCUCGGCAUCCAGAUCAAACGUAUGGAUCAUAGUUAUUUUCUGUAUCAAAAACCUUAUGUGAUUUCCAUACUCCAGCAAGCACAUAUGCUCAAUUGCAACCCCCUCUCCAACCCAAAUUGCACUAAGCUUCCCGACGAUCUCAAAGAGGAUCCCGUUCUUUCAGACCCCACAAUUUAUAGACGCAUUACUGGCUCGUUGCAGUAUCUAACACUAACAAGAUCAGAUAUUGCAUUUAGCAUAAAUCAGCUUUCACAACAUAUGCAUAAUCCGCUGCCCCAACACGUCUAUCUUUUAAAGCGUCUCCUACGAUAUAUAAAAGGAACGUUGGACUUCGGUAUUCCUAUUAUCAAAUCUAAUCUCAUUCUCAACUCGUUUUCAGAUGCGACUGGGCUGGAGAUCCCAUCACUCAAAAUCUACUUCUGGAUACUGUUCUUUUCUCGGCAAAACACUAAUCAAUUGGACCGUUAA